CUAUCUUCUCAAGGAAGACGAGACAUAUCUCCUUCUGCGUGUCCUUUUGCAUAAAGGACAGAGCGAAGAAGGAAGAGGAAGGCAAUUGGCACCUUAGUGUAGGCGCAUAGAGAGAGGACUCUAAAUAUUGGAGUUAUAUAGUAGUAGAAGAGUGCUGGAUUUUCCAGCCCUUUUGAUCCUUGUCUCGGCGGAGCCACCUCGCAAUAUAUAGCAGUCAUGAGUGACACCACGUCCGGCCCUCUCGACCCGUCCGGAAAAACAGGUCUCACCGAAGUUGAGAUGUCCGAGGAAGAGAGGAAGACAAGACUUGCAUCUCUGAAGCAGAGGGCAAUCAAUGCCUCGAACAAGUUCAGGCAUUCGAUGAAGAAGACCAGAGGCCGGAGAAACAGCAGUAGAGUAAUGUCGAUCGCCAUUGAAGACGACAUCGACACCAAGGAAUUACAGCAAGUAGAUGCCUUCCGCCAAGCUCUUAUAUUGGAAGAGUUGCUGCCAUCAAAACAUGACGACCAUCACAUGAUGCUCAGGUUCUUGAGGGCCAGGAAGUUCGACGUUGAGAAGUCCAAGCAGAUGUGGUCCGACAUGCUUCAAUGGAGGAAAGAGUUUGGAUCCGACACAAUCAUGGAGGAGUUUGAGUUCAAGGAGAUAGACGAAGUGUUGAAGUACUAUCCACAAGGGCACCAUGGAGUGGACAAAGAUGGGCGACCAGUGUACAUAGAAAGGCUUGGCCAAGUGGAUUCGACCAAGCUGUUGGAAGUGACCACCAUGGACAGAUAUGUCAAGUACCAUGUCAGAGAGUUCGAGAGGACCUUUGUUUUGAAGUUUCCUGCUUGCUCCAUUGCUGCCAAGAAGCACAUUGAUCAGAGCACCACCAUUUUGGAUGUCCAAGGAGUGGGGCUCAAAAACUUCAACAAAUCUGCCAGGGAACUCAUCCAGAGGCUCCAGAAGAUCGAUGGCGACAACUAUCCAGAGACCCUAUGCAGAAUGUUCAUCAUCAAUGCUGGAUCUGGAUUCAGGCUUCUGUGGAACACUGUGAAAUCAUUCCUUGACCCAAAAACCACAGCCAAAAUCAAUGUUCUUGGCAACAAAUACCAGAGCAAGUUGCUCGAGAUCAUCGAGGCCAGUGAACUUCCAGAGUUCCUGGGAGGCACUUGCACCUGCGCCGACAAGGGCGGCUGCAUGCGAUCCGACAGGGGACCAUGGAACGACCCAGAAAUUAUCAAGAUGGUUCAAAAUGGAGAAGGAAAAUGCAGGAGGAGGUCAAUGUCCAACGUUGAAGAGAAGACCAUUUCUGAAGAUGACAACACAGGAACCAAGAGAUGUGGUUCAUUCAAUUCAGAAGCAGCUGCAGCUGAGGCUGGCGGGUCUCCCAAGGAACCAAAACUCUCUUCUGUUCCAGAAGAAAUUCCGGCGGCCAAAAAAUUCGAAUCUCAGUAUCAAUAUGACAAGUUCGUUCCAGUAGUGGAUAAAGCUGUGGAUUCAAGUAAUUGGGCACUUUCAACUGAGAAAUACAAUAUAACAAAAGACCCAUUUGCAGUGCAUGAAACAUACAAAGUGCCAGACGGGUUCAGCAACCAAAUAGUAGGAGGAAUAAUGGCAUUGGUUAUGGGCAUUGUGACGAUGGUGCGGCUAACAAGGACGAUGCCCAAGAAGCUGACUGAGGCAGCCAUCUACAGCAGCACUGUCUACUACGACGGCUCCAUGACCAAGGGCCACCACCAGGCCCUCCCCGCACCCGCAGCCGUGCCCCUCAGCGACUACAUGACCAUGAUGAAGCGCAUGGCCGAGCUCGAAGACAGGGUCAAUAUCCUCAACACCAAGCCCGCCACGAUGCCCGCCGACAAGGAGGAAAUGCUCAAUGCUGCCUUGAGCAAAGUCGAUACUUUGGAACUCGAGCUCCAAUCCACCAAGAAGGCACUCGAGGAGUCCCUUGCUCGGGAGGCCGAGCUCGUCGACUUUAUCGAGAAAAAGAAGAAGAAGAAGAAGAUGAACCCAUUCCGCUGGUGAAUAAUGUGAUGUUGUUAAUUAAUAUAUAUAGGAGCUUGGAGAUAUAAAUCCAAAAGAUUAAUAAAAAGAAAGAAACAUAUUAUAGAGAGAGGGUUUCUCCCUCCUCUUUCUCUCUCUAUCUCUCCCCAUUUCUCUCUCUCUCUCACUCUCCAUCAAUGGUUUAAUCUUUAUUAUAUGUAUUUAAGACAUUGAUUAGUUGGUGUUAAGAGAUGAAUCAAUGUGUUUUUGUGUACAUUAAAACAAAAUUUUCAUCUUUCUUUUGUUAGAAACAAUAAGAUGAAGAAGUCAUAUAUAUGAUGCCCACCAUACAU